UUUUUUUUUUUUCUUUCUUUCCUUUGUCUUUCUUUUUUCUCUUUCAUACCAUUUUUAUCAAAUUACUCUUCUUCUCUUUAUAUACUUUAGUAUAGUCAAAAUCAAUUUUAUUUUAUUUUAUAUUUUGAACUCCCAGUCCUUUUAGUGCGUAGUAGUUUUGUGCUGGAUCCCUUCUCUUUUAUUCCUUAUUCUCUUUUGCUCGUUCGUCGGAUACGCCAAUGGGCACGACGAAAAGUCGUAAAACAAGGCGAAACACCUCAAGACCCGCAGCCAUCGAUUUUCUUACCAAUAUACCUCUUGGCAAUGCAACAAACACCAAAGAAUCUUUACCUUAUUCAUUUAACACCUACUCUGACAAUCAACAACAUCACCAUACUAACAAUCCUGACAGUGAUAUUCUUGAUUAUACUGAAUAUCAUGAUCCUACUUUUGACGAAGAUGGAGGACCUUCUGAUAUCGCUGCCUUAUCUUUACAUUCUACUGAUAGUAGUUCAACUGAUGACGAACACCAUUCCUCAUCCGCCGCCGCCGCCGUACCAGUGGAACGACAAGGACAUUCAUUAUCACAAGCUUCAUCCUUCUUGACAUCUGGAGCCUUGGACCUUGUCACAUCUCAAGGAGCAAGAAAGAAACAACAAUAUCAAGAACAUCGACGACGUAGUUCGGGGGAUUCUUCUCAUGAACAUCACAAAUUGACCCGUGAAGAUAGUGAACGACCUAUUGCAUCUGAAAAAAUCAAAAAGAAAUCAGCUUUAUCUGGCAAUAAGGAGCAUGGUCAUGGAGGUGGUACCACCAUUAUGUCUGUUUUUCGAUAUUAUACGGACAAAAUCCGACAAUCCGCUGGCAAACGAAAAAAUGAUAAAACAUCAACACAAUUGGGAUAUGUCCAACAACAACUUGCAAAUCAUGAUCAUCACAAACGACGAGCUGGUCUUUCCUAUGCUCAUUUUCUUUCACCCAUUGGAACAUUAUUAGAUGAUACUACGGUAGAAGAACAACUUGAAGAAAAUGCUUAUGAUCCUUUCUUUUUGGAUAAUGACUCAUAUAAUUAUAUUGGCAACUUAUCAAGCUCAUUGACUUCUUCCACACAAAAUGUUCGACCAGCGGAUGCAAGAAAGGAACUAAAUGAACAAUUCCGAUUGGCCCAUCCUGAUAUCCCUAGUGAAAUUACUCUUACCAAGAUUCGAUCCAUCAAAUCACAUUUAUUAGAAAUUGGCAAGGCUGUGGAUUUAGAAAUCUCGACUUUGGCUCAUGCUUAUGUGUAUUUUGAAAAACUGGUGAUCAAGAAUGUGGUGACCAAAAAGAACCGGAAAUUGAUAGCAGCAUGUUGUCUAUUUUUGGCAUUCAAGAUCAACGAAGCUAAAGGUACUCAAUGUCAACCAUUAUUGGAGGCCAUGGAUGAUGAACUUGGUGAAGAUGCGGAGGAAAUUCAUGAACAUGAAUUUGCUGUGUUUGCCGAUCUUGAAUUCAACUUGUAUAUUCCUCGCCGUGAAUUCAUGCCUCAUUUCGAACGGAUAUUCACUCAUUUGGAAAACAAAUCCAUUGAAGCUUACCUUGGUGAUUCUUAUUUUUAUCAAGUCCAACGUUAACAUCUAUGAUAGUUUUUUUUUUAUAUAAAUAAAGUGUAUGUGAUUAAACAUUCCA